AUGCGUGCGCGCGCAAUUAUGGACAGUCUGUAUCGGGCUGGUAUGCUUGUACAUCCGGGACAAAAAAUGCACGAGUCCGUGGAAGUGCACAACCAUUACGGGUACAACACGUACAGCCGCGAUGAGUUCGUUUUCCCUUCGGGAUACGGCCCACAGGCCCUUGAACCAGAAGUGUACGAUACCGACAGUGAGAGCGCACGCAGUUUGGCCGGCGAUGGUGUGCGUAUCAAAUCGUGUACGGAUAACGGUGUAGAUGAACAUCCAAAAGUAGCUAAAGGCAAAUUGCGGUUUACCGGAGUGGAGUUCGUACCUCGCAUGGGCAUUCAGAAUCUGGCUGAGAAUACAGAAUCAAAGCAUAUGAAUGUGCGUGCUGAUGCUGACCUGGCGCGUACGACUGAGGAGGGGCAAACUAAAGUGCGGAAAGGCCGGAAACGAGACCCUGCCGUGUGCAAACAGAUGGAGAAGUUGGAAUUCAUAUCAGUGGGCAUGCAAACGGGCACAGACAAAGUUACCACUGAUAUGUCAACACAGCCUAGCAACUCAACAGAAAUGUCUUCCGUCCCCACAGUCGGUCAGUCUAUCCGGAGAGAUAGGAGGGCAAAUAAACAACAACUUGCUGCAGACUCUCAUUGUGCACACGGGAAUGGUGUCGAAGUUGUAUUAGAGUCCAACACAGCGUGUGAACAAAUAACUAUACCUCGACUUGCUACCGCUAAAUGCACUGACCCUCCGUGUGUGCACCGGAACGACAAAGAACCAUUUUCUGAAUCCAACGCAAUGACAGACGGAACACAAUCGCUCGCGGCCAGGUCCUUGAGUACUCUCAGUUCCCGAGCACGGCGUCCGUCCAAUUGGGAGAAAGAUACGUCACAAUGUACAACCGGUAUCCGUAAAACGAGGCGUGUACUUCUCCCAACACCACGACGUCAUUCAAUGCCAGCCACCACUGGAGCUAUGUGUGCACGAACGUUCCAAAUGACAAUACCUGAUUGGCGGAUUGAACCACAAACUGUAGCAUUGAAAAAGUCUGAUUGGCUGUCUAGAGCCUGGGGUCCAGUGACAGAGUCGGUAAUCGCUCCUCUUGAGGUCUGUUCCGGUAGAGUACCCUCGGUGCACCCUUCUAGGUACCCAGAUGCAUGCCGUAAGUUCAGCCUUGACACAGGAAGUCGUUUCUGGGCGAAGGAGAAAGAUGUCGUGCGUGGACUACAAGCGACUGAAGCGGUCGAUACGCCGAUAAGCGGGUAUACACCGGCCCGGAAGAUAGUGGAAUUGCCUGCAAAUGAAAAUUUGUCCGCAAUUGGAGACCCAUCUGAUAGUCGUGGAUGUAUAUCUGGGGUGGGUGCUGUGGACAUAGCUACGGAACCCAGGGCGUCUACGGGUGCUAUAGAGGGAGAGGGUGGUGCAAUGCUGGACACCAGUAGGACGGGGAGCGGUGUAUAUCUGUGCGACAUGGAUAUCGACAAUGUGCGUGACAAGAAUUUCAACAUAAAUGCUGAUCCUGUGCGCGAGCCGUAUGGAACUGAUGUGUCCUCAACUUCGGGUGAUAAUGUGAAUGUGAUACCAGAACGCAAAUAUAAGGAAGCUAAUGUGAUUGGCGCACAUGCUAGCAACGAGGCAUCUGGAUCGGCACAGAUGCAUGAAAACCUUCCUCAAGUGGGUUUCCUGUCGCCAGAGAUGCGAGCCGCUGACAGCAAACAAGAACAGUGCGGUUCUUCUCCGGAUGAUAGCGUGGUUGUGUUGUCGCGUAGAAGAAAUGGCGUUGAUAUCGGCAAAGGGCGCAGCACUCUACACUCUCAUGGCAUUGAUGUGAUUGUACUGUCACCGAAGGCAAAUGUAGUUGAGAAUGGGUCAGGAGGGUGUGGCACUUCGAAGUUGCAUGACAGCGGGUCAAGCGCAUCGUCUAGGGAGAAAAGCACCAUUGAAAGUAAAGAUCUAGUCAUCGGGGACAUUAUAGCUCCAACGAAUAAUGAAACCAUCGAUAGUGAAAAUGGAGUGAUUGCGAUGUCACCGGAAAGAAGGGCCGCUGAUAUGGAUACAGGAAAGUGCGGUAUGUCAGCAUCGCAUGCGCGCGGUUUAGUCGUACCGUCAUCUGAAAUGAGAACGGGCCACACUGACAAAGCGAAGUGCGGUAAGAUACCACCAAAUAGCACUAAGGUGUGCCCCAAAAUAUCUUUUUUGCCGAGGUCUGCAUUCGGACCACCAACAAAGGAGAAGGCUCACAAGGCUUCUGUACCAGGCAAACAGUUAGCCAGAAAUGCAGACGGGACAAAUGAUUGUUCCGGUGAUAGAGGCUCACACACAUGCGGCCUGCCACACGCUCAAGCAUGGACAACUAAGGGGGUCGGUAAAGCAUCGAAGUCUAGCUAUGCGUCUGCAUCAAACGGGAAAGUGCGGGAACACAUGCGGAAUCUGGGUAUGCAUAACAAGCGCUUAGACGCGCAAAACGGAAAUGCGGAUGUGCAAGUCGAUACACCCGUACCCGAUCUACCGCAAAAACCCGUGCGUGCCUUAGCACAAAGCGCUUGGGGGAAAGCACCUGUAUUUGCAGCCGAGAAGAAGACACAGGCUGCCAAGAGUGUACUUACAACACCCACCACACAAAGUCAAGUUCACGGGUUGGAGAAUACCCGUAUUACAUCGACAGAAACAGAUGGUGGAGGUUGGGGUGAGGCAAUAGCCAAACAGAUAGUCAAAAAUGGCUUUGUGGAUGAGCCUAUUAGAGACUAUAGCGAGAAGUUACACGCCCACACACCAGAACAAGGACUGGUACAUACACUCACAAAGCAGCCUCAGGCGCACAAUCUCACGAGUCAGUCUGCACAUGCACCUGUGGGUGCACAGAGCACUGCACAUGCACCUGUGGGUGCACAGAGCACUGCACAUACACACAUACAGGGUGUAGCACAUUUACAUGGGCACGGUCAUGGUAGUGGAUUAGUCAGCAAACCGGCUGUGAGUAUGGGCAGAGGCAGAACCGGGAGAGGGCGUGGGCGAAGAAGUACAGAAAGCCAGGGGCCUAAAUUGGGGCCCAACUCGAUAUGGUAUACGAAGUUCAAUGUGCGCCUAAAUCCGGAUGUUGCGGAGUUUAGCCCGUGAAAUGCGUACCAAGUGCGGAAGUCUGCGCGGCAGUCGAGAU